AUGUCCCUUGCACUAAGAUUUGGCUCUGUGACGUCUCCACAAUCAAUAUGGGGUGCUUUACCAAGAAUACUACCACAAAUUAGUAUACGAUUAGUACCUAAUAACCAAACAGAUCCAAGAUUAUCAGAAUUACAAGACCAAUUAGAAAAUUCAGAAGAACCACCUUUUAUGAUAGAUAAUGGAACCAUUUUAAAAGCAGCACCAAAAAAGAAAAUGUCAUAUAGAAGAAAAAGAGUAAAAUUAUAUACACCUGGAAAUAAACAAAUUCAACCAUUAAAUAAUAUAGUUAGAUGUCCAGCUUGUGGAGCAGUAAAAAGAUCUCAUUUUAUGUGUAUGAAUUGUUUUGGAGAAAUUAGAACUUUCUUAAAGAAAUUAAAAAGACAAGAUGGACUUAUUAAGGAUGUUGAAAAUCCUCAAUCUGAUUUAAAUCCAAUUGAUGAAAGAAUUAUUUAUCCUGGUAAACAUGAAAAUGAUCAUCAAAGAGAAUUAAGAAAAAAAGAAUGGAUACCAAAAAGAGAAUCGGCUCUUUUGUAUGAAAGAGGUCACUUGAAGAAAAACUAA